AUGGAAGAGAGCGAAUCCGAUAUAUUGAGCAUCCCUCAAAAUUCAAAAACAAAGACACUGCCGCAUACAAGAUUUCUGAAAUUAAGUGGGCCCGGACAAGCGAUGUGUCUUCACAACAACUAUUGGACAAGAGACGUAAGCCAUGGAUUUCACACGGUGUCAAGCAUCCCCACGAAGAUCUUAUUUAAAAAAAGCACUCUUACGGUUUCUAGGCUGCCACAUAACGUGGAAUCGAUCCCUGAACCCAUAGCCCAUCAAGUCUUUGACCCCUCCGGGGAUCGGCAAAUUGACAAUGAAACCGAUGAAAGAGGUACCGGUAUUCGAACGAUGUGUGAAGAGAGUCAAGAUAGGAGUUUAGUGAAGUAUUAUUAUUAUGACUAUUGUUGGCAUAAUUUCAGUGAAAAAGAUCGUGAAGAAGUUUGCUACAAGUGUGGAAGUAAUAUUCAGUGUGUCAUGGAAAGACAAUACGAACGUCUAAUGGGCGUUUCACAAACGCCGUCUCUCCAUCAUACCGUUGAAGAUUCGCAUUUUGCACCCCAGACAUGGAUCGAACAUUGCAUUAAUGAUGAACGAGCUAGAUUUGGAACUUCGAAAACGCGGUGUACCGCAAGAUAUCCUUCAAGAUAUACGCUCACAGGUGCGAAAUAA